CAGUUAAUCUAGCCUCAUGAUAAUUUGGGAUAUCCCUAUUUCCAGUUCUUCUCAGCUCCUCCCCAAGAAAUCUUCAGCACAUUUCUUUUGCUGUGAUUCUGUCAUUCACCACCAAAUGUUGUCCCUCUGCAAGGUCACUGAUUCUUUAUUCGUUAGCAAUUCUAGGUCAGCCUGCUGUGAGAGUCUCCUCAGUCAAGAGAGAAUCACGUUCUGUAUCAAUGUCUCCAGACAACAGCCCUUCCCAAGCUUUCAGCAAGGGCAAUUGCUGAGAAUCCCUGUCUUUGAUGAUCCUUCGGAGGACCUGUAUAAAUACUUUGAGCAUUGCAGUGAUGCCAUAGAAGACACCAUUCAAAGAGGUGGGAAGUGCUUAGUGUACUGUAAAAAUGGUCGCAGCAGAUCUGCAACUAUCUGCACUGCUUACUUGAUGAAGCAUCAAAAGCUCAGGCUGAAGGAUGCCUUUGAGAUUGUGAAGAAUGCCAGGCCAACGGCAGAGCCUAAUGCAGGAUUUUGGUCUCAGCUACAGAAAUAUGAAGACCAUUUGCAAAGAUAGCAGCAAAGAACUCUUUCUUCAAAUACAAUUUCUCAUAAUAAAUACAUUGAUUCAGAUUAUAAUGUUGGGUAAUCCCUAUAAAGAGGAAGAGUUGAGAUACUUCUAGGUAACACCUGAAUUUAAUAUACUAAAAAAAAAAACUGGGAUCAGCUACUUUAUUAUUGUAGUCUUAAGAAACUAGCUGAAAACAUAAGUAAAAACCUUUCAAUAAGGCAAAAUUCAAAUCUCUGUAAUCUGCUCAAAUUUAAGACUAAUUAAAUGCAGCUAAUUUAGUGUUACUCAAGGUCAUAGGAAGAAGGCAGUAGCAAUUUCCCAAAAAUGUUGCCAAGAAAACAGGAUGGUUUUGUCCAUGCAGUUCCCAGGAGUUAAUAAUGACUUGAUACCUCUAUCUAUCAGCUAUCUUUAUUGAUAUAUAUUUGAAA